GAAUCUGAAUGAAGCAAAUAAUCAUUUACUAAAUUCCUUACACUUUUUAUGAAACUUGAGCAAAACUGAAAUUGAAUUAAUUCAAAUUUCAAAAUCACUCACUCUCUGUUGAAUUCAUGCAAAUAAAUUAAUUUUUCUUCUAAGUUACCAUUGUUUUUUUAAUCUGCGAAAGACCACACCUGGAAACAUAUCUCAACACGAUCUUCGAUUAAACACAGGUGCUUUGCAGUGGAACAAAGCCAUCUACACAUUUAUCUCCUUGGACCACUUGAGACAAAAGAAACUUCAUUAUAUUGCCGAAAAUGUGCUUGCCAUUUCGUGGAACUGAAACCAUCUGGUGUGAUUCAUGAAGAAAUCUGAGAUAACUCAUUCUUACCUAACAAAUCUGAAUGUGAUAAGAAAAACGGGCUCAUUUGAAGUAUAAAUCCAGUAUUGAAUGGCCUGAUGAAUUUCAAUGUGAGCAUCAUGCCGACUUGGACGGGAAUUUUGCUCUGUUUAUUGCUGGUCUCCUACGCAAAUGGGGACUGCGAUGCAGACGUGGAUGAAUAUUUCCAGGGAUUGAAUCCCACUAACCUUCAACUGUGGUCUCUUGAAAUGUUCGAUUCUUCGACUAAAUUCUUUACGGAUGGAGUCUCUGAACUUGCAUUCAUCUUCCAACUCGCGAAUUUCGAUCAAUGCAUGGCUGUAAAUGGACCGAAAGGAGGAGAUGGAAAACCUAGAUUUAACGGGCAGUACUGCUUGUUUGACGCUGGACUGCAGCUGCCCUCAAACGCUGAUGCCAAAAAUGCAUUCCAAUUGCAGCAGAACCUACAAAGGAUUGCAAAUUUUCACCCUGUUAAAACGACAAGAGAUGAUCCCGUGGUGAUACCAACAUUUUGGGGUGUCUGCGCUCCGUCCUCGUGCGGCGCUGAUGGCGUGAAGCGAGUGGCCGACUUUAAUAUGCAGUUUUUAGCAAGCGUUUUUGGCUCCACGGCGAAUACGACCGUGCGGGAGAGCACAUGCUAUUACGAUAAGCCAGCAGAUUUGGACGCAGCGUCUUGGUGUUUCAUAAUAUUCGCAUCAUUACUUAUAUGCUUGAUAUUGGUUUCGACAAUACUAGAAUGCUUCUUUUCGGACUUUGAUUAUUAUACAGGAUGGAAAUCAAUCUUCAACGCAUUUUCUCUGAAGCAAACUCUUGUAAAGGAUUUAUUCAGACUCCCUAAGGGCAAUACUCCUGGGCAUUUAGAAUGUCUGCACGGAAUAAGAACUCUUUCCAUGCUGUGGAUCGUCUUAUGCCACACUUACGUAUUUUCUACGCUCUUUCCCGGGCAAAAUUAUGUUUCAUUUGCACCAGAGUUUUCGAGGCAGUGGUUCAUGGCGCCAAUCUUGAACGGCUUCUUAGCAGUCGAUACGUUUUUCCUGCUGAGCGGACUGCUGACUGUAUAUGUUCCUUUGAUGGAUCUCUCAAAGGGGAGGAAAUUUAAUGUACUCAAGUACUACCUUUAUAGAUAUUUGAGGAUCACAAUUCCAUUGGCAGUCGCUAUCUGGCUUGCGUCUACACUAUACAUUUACGCAGGAAAGGGCCCAAUGUGGUCUUUUAUAUUCCCUUUACUUUUAAAACAAUGCCAUGAAAAUUGGUGGGCAAACCUUCUGUACAUCUCUAACUACUUCUUUUACUAUUGCAUGAAUCAUACUUGGUUCCUCUGUGUGGACAUGCAGCUUGCACUUUUGGCGCCGUUGAUCAUCUAUCCUUUAAUGAAGUGGCCCAAAUAUGGCCUUUCAGCCAUCUGCGUGCUUACGCUGGGUUCAGUUGCUGCUAUUUUUGCUGUUACUUACACAGAGAAUUUGCCGUGGACCGGGCAACCCAAUCUUGAGGCUAGCGUGGCUGAACGUUACGAUAAAAUUAUUUAUGCAAACACACCGAUGAGGGCCUCACCUUACCUGAUCGGGAUGGCCCUUGGCUAUUUUUUAAGCAAGAAACACCACGUGCAUUUGCCAAAAUGGGGAAUAGCCGUGGGAUGGUUCACCAGCACAGCUGUUGCCCUGACUGUAAUAUUCCUCAUACUAAUUCCGUACUCGGAAAACUUUGUCCAAAACGCUCUGGAAGCUGCCUUCUACGCUAGCUUGCACAAACCUGCUUGGUCCUUGUGUGUCUGCUGGACCAUUUGGGCUUGCGUCAACGGCUACGGAGGAGUGGUAAACAGAAUUCUAUCCUGGAAAUAUUUUGUGCCAGCGAGCAAACUGACCUUUUGCGGCUACUUGAUGCACAUUUGGGCAAUAUUGACCUACAUAGCCCUUCGUCAAACUCCAUACUAUGUUUCACAUGUUGAAAAUUUGUUCCUGUUUGGAAGUUUUCUAAUUCUUACAUUGCCAUACACAAUUGUUCUCCACUUGGCGGUUGAAGCGCCAACAAUAAAUUUGUUGCGCUUGGCUUUCAAGAAAAGAAAAAGCAAUACCGAACCUGCUUCUGGUCAAGCCAAUAAAGCUAUUGGAAAAGAAGCAUAAGGAGGAAAUGAGCACAAGCUAAAUAAAAUGGAACUUAAAAAAUGUGUGGUGUAACAAAAUUAGUCAAGAUAAACGUCGGUUAAAAAUUUACGCAUUUUCUGUUUAUUUCUGAAGUCAUCUCGCGUGAAUGGGAAACCCAAUCUUUGUCAGUUGCUCUUCUGAUGGAGUGUCUGUGAUAUUACAUCAACCAAAUGAUGAGUCACAAAGCUACAUUUGAGAUAUACUCAAUAUCUCGAUUAUGCGAUAUGCGUUUGA